UUUGACCUUGAACAGGUUGUUGAUUUCAAAAGUAUGGAUGUGUGGAUGGUAAUUUUCGCUGAAGAGGAACAAUGGACUUAAAGUGAUAUUGGAUUCAAAUGUUAUAUUAUCUGUGCAAGCACUAAAGUCUUUCUAGAGACCUGCUGAUUUCACACCGCGGUGUGCAGUGUGAAGAUAAGAGGCAUUUUCAUUAUUCGUGUGAGAAAAUCAUUGUGUAGUCCUUAAACUUGAAUUGAUUGAUGUAGGAUUUACGUUUGGUAUGGUUAUUCGUCUCAGUAUGUUAUUUUAGACGAGGCGUUGUGUAGUAUCUGGAAGUUUCGACAUUAUUGCUUGCACUAGUUCAAGUUGAAACAAAAUUAGACGAUUCGGCGUAUAUUUACGCAAAAAGUAGACAAUUCUGCGACAUUUGAAACACCGACAAAAAGGCGAAAAAUCCUCAUCAUUUCCCCUGGACAGGCGAAAACGCAGAUAUUUUGGCGCGUUUCCCCAUUAUUUUCCGAUGCAUUUUCCCCUUUUUGGUUGAUUGGGCUCCCAGACUGAAAAACAAAUUGAGUUGAAAUACUUUAAUAAGUUGUAACAAAUUCAGUACUUAUACUACCGGACAAUAAUACUGGUACCCAUCAUAGCCCUUAGUUCUCUCAUGGUGUCGAGUCGCGUUUACGCCUCGUCUUCAGUCUUCAGUAAUAAUGAUAGUAGGUUGGUGAACCUGUAUUAAUCCUGACACAUUGCUUUCCAGUGAAGGUCCAGCUUCUCCUUGAAAGUAUUCACUGAUGGGACUGAUACCACUUGUUCGGGUAAGGCGUUCCAAUGAUUGACUACUCGAUGAGAAAAACGGGACCCCACUUUAAGUUUAUUAGAUCGUGGUUUAUGAACCUUCUUGCUAUGACCUCGGAGAUUAUUAGUGCUGGGGGAGCAAAAAGAUAAGACAUAUUAACACCGAAAUCACAAUUAAAGAUACGAAAUGCCAGUAUAAGGUCACCUCGUGUCCUACGAUACGACAGGGGGAAAAGAUUUAGGCGUUUUAAACGCUCAUCGUAAGGGAGUCUAGAAAGACCCUUCACUAAUUUCGUUCCCACACGCUGGACACGCUCAAGGGAGUUAGUAUCCUUUACCAGACACGGGCUAGCUGCUUGGAUACAGUACUCUAAAUGUGGUCUUACAUAUAUGGGAUAUAAAAUUCGAAACGUUUCCUCGUCAAAAGAUUUGAACGCUCGGCGAAGUGACCAUAACGCACGAAAACCUUUGACAGAGGCUGCUUUGCAAUGCGGUGUAUAAGCAAAGCAUUUAACUAUUGAGGGACAACCCCAUAAUAUUUAUAUGAAUUUCUUAUUUUACUAAUAAUCAUUUUUGACUUGGUAACGCACUGAACUGCAAUGAAACUCAUCAUACUUAUCGGUAUAAUUAUUCGUCUGAGUAAACAUCCCUUUUUGUAUUUCAGAAUAGUCGGAUACAAGGCUUUACCAAUCAGCUUGCGUGAAUGAAAGAAAAAGGACCUUGUGAAGAACAGAAGGCGGAUUUACUAUUCUGUUUACUACGUAGCUCUUGUUGUCAAGACAAAAAACUCACUCCCCGAGAGUGUUUAGAACGCGACAACUUUCCUCGUGAGUGUGCAUCACUCAGGCACGCUUUUUACCGUUGCUGUCUUCAACCAGUAGAUAAAAAGAUUAGGUUGUCUGGUCUUAAAUAUAGUACUUCCAAGUAGGACUUUCGGGUGUCAGAUAUUUGCUUAUUUUAUGAGUACCAUUUGUUGAUCCUAAGAAAUGGCCGUUGUAUUCGUUACUGUUGGCACGACUUCAUUUGAUGGGCUGAUUAAUGAGGUCAAUAAAGUCGAAUUCCAUGAAGGUCUUUCAAGAUUGGGAUAUAAAGAUCUGAUCAUACAAUAUGGAAGUGGAUCUAUCACACCCCGUAUUCCGGAAGACAUUUGUGCCGAAAAUACUGAACAUUUGUCUACAACUCCCUUCUUACGCAUGAAAUCCUUUCGAUACAAAGAUUCCCUUGUUGAUGAGUUUAAAAGUGCAUCAUUAGUUAUUAGUCAUGGCGGUGCAGGCACUUGUAUCCAGGCUCUUACUCCAUUUGGAAGUCGCCGACUAAUCGUCGUUGUAAAUGAAACGUUGAUGGAUAAUCAUCAGGAGGAACUUGCACUUGCUCUCUUGCAAGGAAAACAUGCUCUCGUUUGUACUCCUGCAUCACUUAACCAUUUGAUAUGGACAGGUGAUGAGUCCACUUAUUCUUCUCAGUUUUUAUGCAAUAAGGAUAUGCCGUUGGCUGAAAUUAAGAGGUUAUUGGGUCCUGAAAUUCCACCAGAGCAAGCUGGCUUUGUUGGGUUUACUCGUGGUUCUCCAGAAAAACUGUUGCCAUACAUUGAAGAACGCUUAUCGACUUUUUCCUGAUAUUUGAUCGUUUAGACUCUAUUUUUCUAUAUUAUUCUAGUACCCUCUUAUAUUUUGUUCCCUUUAGUUUUUAUGCCAACGUAUAGACUAUCUAUAUUUUAUGUGUCAUUAGAUUUCAGUUUCGAUACCCUCUCCAUGUAAAUUCAAGCUGCUUCAAAGUUCAAAUUCUUUGCUUAUUAUUGGAUAGAAACGUAAUGAUUAUGAAAUACAUAACUAACUAAUCAGUGACUUGGGCUUCUUUUAGCGUAUGGUUUAGUUGGGGCAAGAUAGUCUCGUAUUUAACGACCAUGCAAUGUUGCGCGUAAGACCUGGCACGUGUGUAUUGGUUUUUGGUGAAGUUUUGUUCUCUGAGUUGUAUGGCUUGGUCGCGGAGCUUUCGUCGUUCUUCUGAAUGACAUUGUCAGCAUAGACUUCGAGUAGAAGUGAAGUGUUCGAUUUUCUCCACAUAUGACUCCCAGUUUGUCCCGUAGAUCUCGAUCUUGAUUGAUUAUUGUCGACUUUUAGCCUUUCAUUGUUUGCUUCCUUGUUUUGAUUGUAUCUCCGAUUGAUUUGAUUCUUGGUCCUAUAUUUGUCCAUAAUUAUGGAAAAAAUAAGGAUUAGGGGACUUCAUAAAAAUUAUGUUAUACAGCUAUUUAGGACGAUUUGCUGACCAAUAUCAAACAGACCACAUACUAUCUGUAAGGGACACAGUGAGUGAGGAACUUCUGUUCUGC